UCGGCAGCGUCGCUGGCCUCUUUGCCAUCUUCAACGUCACAUCAGAUUCAAUUUGCCUUCCACUCCUGGCUGGGCCGCCUCCUCUGCAGUUUACUCAAACACUACUGUAUCAUAAUCCAAGUUCCUGCUACUCCCCUUCCCUUCCCUUCCCUUGGGGUCUGUCUACUAGUAGUAGGAGUAGUAGUAUUUUCUAGGAUUGUGACUUGCUACUAGUAGUACUAAGGGAGCACUAACCGCUACUGGUAGUAGUAGUAAAAUCCUGAAUGCAGCUGCAUCACGCCAUAUCCUUCAAAUCCCCAAUCCCUCCACCGCCUAAUUAUGCCCUCUCUCCUAGUUAUCCAACCACCAUUCACAACCCUACCUCCAAUCAUUUCUGUCACUCCAAUAGAAAUAUCCCUUCUUCUUCUUCUUCUUAUUAUUAUUACUGCUCAAUCUUUAAUUGCAGUGCCGGUAUUCAAAUCCCUCUUCCCAAGCAGCAGCCUCUUAAUUCCCUCAGCUUCUGCAACAGUAAUAAUGCCUCCUCCUUCGACGUCGACGUCGACGACGAUGAGCGGCUAAGGAAUGUCGGAGUGAUUAAGGAAAUCGACGUCGCAACUCUAGGUAACCUCUGCGUUGACAUUGUACUCAAUGUUCCUCGAUUGCCUCCCAAGCCUCUCGAUCAACGUAAAGCUUACUUGGAUGACGUAUCAAAAUCCCCUCCUGAUAAGAGAAACUGGGAAGCUGGUGGCAACUGUAAUAUGGUAAUAGCAGCGGCAAGACUUGGUCUUAGCUGUGCUACAAUUGGUCAUGUUGGUGAUGAAAUCUAUGGGCAAUUCCUCCUGGAUGUCCUUGAAGACGAGGGUAUUAGUGUAGUUAGGAUGGAUGGAGAGAAUGAUGAAGUUAGCAGUUCAAGUGCAGCCUAUGAAACACUUUUGUGCUGGGUGUUGGUGGACCCUAUGCAAAGACAUGGUUUUUGCAGUCGAGCAGAUUUCAGCAAUGAGCCUGCUUUUGUUUGGAUGAAAAAACUAUCCCCUGAAGCGAAGAAGGCUAUUAAGCACUCAAAAAUCCUUUUCUGCAAUGGUUACGGCUUUGAUGAGCUUGCCCCUAGCCUGCUUGUUUCUGCUUUGGAGUAUGCUGUUGAAGUUGGAACCUCAGUCUUUUUUGACCCUGGACCACGAGGGAAGACGCUUCAUUCAGGAUCACCUGAUGAACAAAGAGCACUUAGCAAGUUCUUAAGAAUGAGUGAUGUCCUUCUGUUAACUUCUGAGGAGGCUGAAUCAUUGACUGGCAUUGGGAACCCAGUUCUGGCAGGACAAGAGUUGCUUCGGAGAGGGACCCGCAUGAAGUGGGUUAUUAUCAAAAUGGGCGCAAAGGGUUCACUUUUAAUUACAACAUCUAGCAUAUCUUGUUCUCCUGCAUUCAAGGUAGAUGUCAUUGACACAGUGGGGUGCGGAGAUAGUUUUGUGGCUGCAAUAGCAUUUGGUUUUAUACAUAAAAUGCCUUUGGUCCAUACGCUGAUGAUAGCAAAUGCAGUGGGUGCUGCAACUGCAAUGGGCUGUGGUGCUGGUAGGAAUGUGGCAAGCCUGGAGCAAGUAAUAGAACUAGUAAGGAGAUCAGACCUCAACGAGGAUGAUAGUUUUUGGAUGGAUCUACUUGAUAAAGACUUGGACGUAGAGCAGAUAACACUGCUUUCAAAUAUGGUCAUAAAUGGGAGCAAUGGUCGGCUGAGUCGUUUAUGCUUGGAAAAAGUGGCGUUGGAAAUGUUACAAAAGCUCGAACACGUCAGGUCACAAAAGGGCGUAGGAGGUGGAGCUCCAUAUGGAUAUGUACUCUGUCAAAUUUACAUGGAGGAACUUGAAUAUCUUCUCAGCAGAUGAAACUUGCUAACAUUCCUUGUAAUUGUUCCUAUUUGGAAUCUGGAUUUGUGAUUAAAAGGAUUUCUUUUGGCUUAGGCAUUGCAGUUUAUUCAAUUUCUUUCUGCAGUCUGAUAUGGAUGUACCAUGUUAGGAGCGGGGAAAGCAGCAGCAGCUAAUGGUUUUUCCUUGAAAGAUUUUGGUUCGUAGAACCGAGUAUGUUUGCCUUUCAAUUUGGCUCACUGUAAUGAAAAGCUUCCCGUAGUGUAUCGGGGCUGUAAUCUCUACUAUCUAGCAGUAUACAAUUUUGCCUGGAUUAAUAGUUGACUUUAUUAUUAUUAUUGUGGCGGUUCUCAAAAAA